AUGUGCCAAUACAUCACCCGACUCUACCCCUGCGGGUAUCAGUCUCCCAUCAUGAUGCUCCGCUCGUGCGACUCAGACUGGAAGCCGGCCGGCACUCCCCGGAAGCCGCGUUGCCCUCUGGUGGAAAAGUACACCCAGUUCUUCAAGUCCAACCUCGAGAAGAUCAAGAUGAAGGACAGCAAUGGCUGGGACGGCAAGGGCGUGUUUUGCGAGGGAUAUGACAGGGAUGAGUGCAAGAUCCGUAGGGCUUGUUUUGCGAACCCCAAGGGUCCGGAUUAUUCGACCCGGCUGGAGGUCUAUAGAGAGGUGAAGAAGAUACUUUUGGGAGAAGGAGAGGAGGAGAACUAG